AGGAUUGUGUUUGGUGGUUUUGUUUUUUACAGAGUCCCUGUGAAGCAGGCAUAGUGAGAACAGGCUCACUGCAGCUCAGUAGUUCCUCCAUCAGGGAACUUCAUCUUUGAGGAGAACAAAGCGAAAAGCCCCUUCCCCACCCUCCAAAGCAGCCCAGCGUUCAAGUGAUGGAAAUGGCCGAGUGAUUGGAGACCUCAGCAGUCUUGUGCAGCCAAGCAAUUGCAUCAUCACAACCAAGUCCCUGGAUUGGCACCGGCAGGUUUCCAUGUUUGGCCAGAGUUAUUUAGUGCUGAGCACCGCAUUGGCCAGAACUCCAGUCCUCCCACAAGUUGAAGCCAGGAGGGCUGUGAGAACUCCCUUGGCUCCAAACAGCAAAAGUUGUGCAUAGACCCCAACCUCAAGCGCUACUGCAGGGGAGAGGGGGACGACACAACAUUCCUGCGCUGCCUCCUACACUCUGGCCCAGACAAGGAACCGGUACCCUAUGCCACCUCCUGGGCAAGUUCUGCAGCGCCCCCUCCUGCAACACAAGCCAUCCUCCCCAUCUUCCCGGGAACUCUGCUUCCCGCUCGCCCUCCCUGCACAUCAUGUGGCCCCACCCCUAUAUUGUUGGACACAGCCCUGCCCUCAACUCAUAAGUGAAUGCAUGAUGCGCGCACGCUCGACGCGCGCACGCUCCACACGCGCACUGUGAACUACUUCUGUGCAGUGGGUUUCCUGCCGCCUAGAAGUUUCAGGCAGAUGGUGGAGAAGCCCGUGUCUUCAAGUAGCUGCGGACCUACCUUUGGAAGGCUGCCUGGCCUGCUCUGCUCCUGGCCAAGAAGCUUUGUCGCCCUCUGGGAUGAAGUCCCUUCUGGCUUUCCACUUUGCGGUUCCUGGUGAGGAUGUGAGGCCUCCCACAAAGGCAGUCUGGCGCUCACCCCUGUGCUCCUGUUGGACAUUGUGGAUCCCAGGGAGAGCCUCAGGUAGAGAGGGCACCAGUGUGUCCAGCAGUUUGUGGGGUGCAGCACUGGCUGGAGCGGCGUCAUGGGACCAGAGCUGGUUUCCAGGCAUCCAGAAGUGGCCAGUAGACAGUGGAGAAGCAUGUUCCUCAAGUACCUGAGAUCCCUCCUGCUGAACCUGGGAACAGAGCCUAGUUGCUGGAGAGAGAAUCUGAGGCUGACCAUGAAUCAGUGGAUUGGAGACACUUGGAGACCCUGCUUCAAGCUAGGAGGCACUGGUUUACAGUUGAGCAGAAACGCAGUGUGGGCUCUGGUUCAACAUCCACUUGGCAGACUCCAUCACCAGUGCUUAAGGAUGGAAGAGAGCUCCCCGAUCUGGAUUCUGCUUGACUCCAGGGGAAUGACACAAAUUGGAGAUGCAGGGUUCCUCUGUGGCUGUUGGUUUCCUCAGUGGCAAAAACUUCUGCAGUCUGUUUGGAGCAAGCACCUGAGAACCCCUCUACAUUAUGCCUGUGCCUAUGGCAAUCCAGCAGUGGUGGCUCUUCUAGUGAAGAGGAAAUGCAGUAUCGACUUGUGUGACAGUGAUGGCAACACACCAUUGAUGAAGGCCCUACAAUAUGAGGAAGAGGAAUGUGCAAUUAUUCUUCUAGAACAUGGUGCCAAUCCAAAUGUUCACAACAACAAGGGUGAAACUCCGCUCCACUAUGUUAUCUUGUAUAGGAACACAUUAAUAGCAACAAAACUGCUUUCAUCCAAUGCAGAUAUUGAAGCCAAAAACAUGCUUUCAGCGGACACAACAUCUUUGUAUGUGGUCCUGAUGAUUGAACCCGGGCCACACGCAUGCCUGAGUGGCCAAACACCACUUUUACUCACCAUAAAGAAAAACAGACAGAUGAUGGUAGAAUUUUUUAUUAAGAAUAAAGCAAACAUACAUGCAGUUGAUGAUAAUGGAAGAUCUAUCAAAAAAUCACACUCAGGUGAUUCCUUGUUUGCAAUGUUUGGGGGCAGCUAUGAAGCUCAUAUUAAGAACAUCCCAGAAAAAGGAGGAGAAUUUAUUGAAGCUUCCAGACAAUCCAUGAAGGAUGAAGUAAAAUAUGACACUGGGAACCAAAGGAGUGGAAAUGUACCUGACAACAGUAAACCUGCGAGUCGAAAGAAGGAAGUACUUGAAACCACACUUGUGCAGGCAAUCAAAAUAAAGAAUGAUUGUCCUUCAAUUCCAUCACCUGACUCAAAGGUAAUGUGUUAAAAAAAGCUUUCCAUUUUUUUAACAUAUCAUCUUCCAGGAAGAAAAACAUGCUAGAAAGAAAUAAGGCUACAGGGUUAUAGUAGAAAACAAGGAGAGCAACAGGUGAGGUAUAUGUAUAGAAUUAACAUUGCCAGAAAGUGGUGGGAAUAAACAGUUCUUCAGUGUGCCCUUAUGGAAGGAAAGAAAUAGAAAAGAAGGAAAAAGAACAGCUUUAUGAAUAUGAAGCUGAUAAAAGUGGAUGCAUACAAAGAAUUCAUUUAUGAAGGGAAAGCCAAGUGUCCAGAUUGAAUAAGAGAGUCAAGAUGGCUGAUACUUAAAAUAAGAAAUAUUGAAAUUAAAAAGAGCAGCAACUCAAUAUUAGGCCAAACAUAGGAAUGUUAGGGGAAGUACAUGCUGGACAAUAGAAUAAUGUGUUAUAUUUGUCUAUUACUUAGUCUUGACAUCCUUGAAUGACUAGGAGGCAGGGUGUGGGAUUACAGUCACAAUCAUUUGUUAUUAUAAUGAAUAGACAAAUAAGCAAAUGAAUGUGGCAUAUUUUAGAUGCUUAAGAAAUCAUUCAUUUCUUCUGUUCCUAUUAAAGCUUCAAGUAAUUUAUAUUUAGUAACAAUUAAUAUAGACUUAAUAUGUUGAUGGUCAGUGCUUGUUGGAUUAUAUCAAAAUGUUCUCUAUUGUCACAUAUAACUAAAAAGAAAUUAAUAAAAUAAAUAUAUAUGCAUAUAUAAAUAGUACUGCUAUUAAAAAAUACAAAUCCAAAUAAACGAGUAAUAGUGGUAGUGAACAUGAUAAAUGAAAAAUAAAUGAACUUCUAAAAAUUAAAAAAAGAUGAUCAGUUUUUAAAAAUUGAUACACAUUAAUUAUACAGAAUUUUCACAGUGGCAUAUUUUUACAUACAUAUAGAUCAAAUAUACUCCCCUAAUGCUAUCUGUAACAUUCCUUCCUCCAUACUCCCAAUUUUAUGUAUGCUAAUGGAUGAAAUUUAUUAUUCAUCUAUUUUUAUGUUGAACAUUUCCACCUCUAGUUUUCCAUGUGAGAGAAAUAUAUGAUACUUGUUUCCUGAGUCUGGCUUAUAUUAUUUAACAUUAUGCUUCCCUGUUUUAUCCAUUUUCCUAAAAUUAACUUAGUUUUGUUGUUCUCUAUGCAUAGAAAUCUUCCUUGUGUAUAUAUACCACAUUUUCUUUAUCCAUUCUUUUAUUAACUAGCAUCUAGCCUGAUUCUAUAACUUGCCUAUUAGUAAUAGUGUCAUGGCAAAGAUAGGUAUAUGUAUAUCUCUAAAAUAAGCUGACUUUAAUAUUUUCUGGUAAGUACUGAGUAGUAUAUUUGAAUAAUAAAGUAGUUCUAUGUUCAGUUUUUGAGUAGCCUUCAUAUGAAUUUCCAUAGGGAUAUAGUAAUUUAUGUUCCUGCCAUUCACAUAUAUGAGAUUUUUCUCCUCAUCUUCCCAGUAUUAUUUGCAUUCUUGAUGAUUGGUUUUUUAAAUGGUGGAAAUGGGAGCUUGAUGUUGUUUUGAUUUACAUAUUCCCGAUUGAUAAAGAUGUUAUUGGUUUUUUUUUGUUGUUGUUGUUUUUUUUUUUUUUUUUUUCCCUGAAGUGUUGGCCAUUUAUAUCUCUUAUUUUGAGAACUAGCUGUGCAUUUGCUCAUUUAUUGAAAAGGUUUUUGUUUUUCUGGUAUUAAGAUAUUUGCAUUAAUAUUUUUAGGAUAUUAAUCCUCUGUCAGAAGAGUAGCUGGCAAAGCUUUUCUCCAUUUCUGGAGGCUACCACUUCUUACUGUUUUGUGUUUCACUUACUAUGCAGGAAUUUUUCAGUUUGAUGCACCCUCUCUUAUCCAUUGUUGCUCUUAUUUUCUGAGCUGUAGGGGGCUCUAUUUAGGAAGUUAUUGCCUACAUACUGAAGUGUUUUCCAUAUAUUUUCUUGUAGCAUUUGUAAACCUUCUAGUCUGGUACAUAUGUCUUUAGUUCUUUCUGAAUAAACUCUUGUACAGUGUUAGAAAAUAGGCAUCUAGGUUUCUUCUUUUACAUAUGGAUAUCUAGUUUUUCCAACACUAUUUCUAAAAUGUCAUAUUUUCUCCAAAAUAUGUUUUUGGUGUCUUUGCCUAGUAUCACAUGACUGUACCUGUGUGGGUUUGCUCUCUCACUUCUCUUCUAUCCAUUGGUCUAUGGGUCUUUCUUUACACCAGGACCAUGGUUUUAUUACUAUGGCUCUGUUUUAUAUUUUGAAAUUGGCAUUGUGGUUUAUCCAUUGUGUAUCUUAUGAUCAGUAUCACUUUGUCUAAGUAUUGUUUGUUUGUUUGUUUUUCUUCCAUACAAAUUUAUAAGUAGUUAUUUUCCCCCCAUUACUGAGAACAAUACCAUUUGAAUUUGAAUGGGAAUACAUGGAAUCUAUAAUUCAUUUAUGGUACUAUGCCCAUUUUCACAAUAUUAAUUCUACUUCUCUAUGAACAUAACAGAUCUUUUAACUUCCUAUUGUUUUCUUAUUUUCCUUUUUCAUCAAUGUGUAAUUUUUCUUGAAGAGGUCAUUCACUUUCUUGUUUAGGGUUAUUCCUAGCUAUUUUUAAAGUUAUUUGAAUGAGCUAUUACUCUUGCUUUAUUCUCUCUAGGUUUGCUAUGGUAUAUAGACAAACAGUUUAUUUUUAUAUGUUUAUUUUGUAUCCUGUUACUCUGAUGAAUUCAUUCAUCAAAGUAGAAUUUUCAUAAUAUAUUAUUUAUGUUCUUCUGAGAAUAGGACUACAUCAUUUGCAUAUAGAAAUAAUUUAACAUUUUAACUUUCCUAUUUGAAUCCCUUUUAUUUCUUUCUCUUUUUCUAAAAUUUUAAGUACUGUGAUUAGUGAGAUUGGUGGCAAUGAACAUCUUUGUGUGUUUCUUGAUUUUAGAGAAAAUGUUCUUCAUUUUACUAUUGGCUUUGGAUUUGAUAUACUUGGUCUUUAUUAUCUUGUAAUAAAAUGCUCCUAUUUCUAAUCUCUCAGGGCUUUGUCAUGAGGGCCAUUGAAUUUGUCAAAGGAUUUUCCUGCAGCUUCUUAAAAGAUCAUGUAUUUUGCUCUUGAUUCUAUAUGUGGUGUAUCAGUUUUAUUGAUUUGCAUGUAUUGAAUCAUCCUGGAGCAAAAUCAGCUUUUAUCGAUUUUUUUUUUUUUUUGUAUGUGACUAGAGUCUCAAACCAGGAGCAUGGUACAAAGGAGCCACAUUCCCAGCACCUUUUAUUGUUCACUUUGAUAACAGAUCUCACUAAAUUUCCCAGGCUGGCUUUGAAAUUACAGUGUUCCUCAAACAACCUGAUGCUUUUCUGAGAGUAUACACCUAUACCACUAUGCCUGAUACGUAUAUUAUUUUGUAAUGUGUUGUUGAAUGUGGUUUGCAAAGAUUUUAUGAGAAUUUUUAUACUAUGUUCCUCAAGGAUAUUGAUAUCUAGGUUUUUCCUUGUUCUGUCCAAUAUUCACUUUUCCAGUCAGGGUAAUACUUUGCAGAAUUGCUUUGGAAGCAUCUUUCCUUUGCUUUUAAAUGUAAUGGGGGAUUAAUAUCAGUUCUUCUUUAAAUAUCUGAUAAAAUUUAGCCAUGUAUUCACCUCUGAACCUCUGGUCCAUAAGGCUUUUUAUUAUUGCUUCAACCUUCUUACUUGUUAUUGACUAUGUUUUUCUCUAUCUAUUUGAUUCAACAUUUUAUGACAUAUUUCAUUAAUAUCACUUAGAUUUAUUUAUCUUUCAAUUUUAUUCUUUAAAAUAGUCUAAAUUUUUCCCAUUCAUUGAAAUAUAAGUUUUCUAAUAGUCUCUAGAGAUCUUCUGUAUUUCAGUGGUAUCUGUUUUAAUAUUUCACUUUUUGUUUCUAGGUUUAUUCAUCUGUAACUUCUUUUUUCUUUUAGUUCCCUUGGCCAAGGGUUUAUCAAUUUUAUUUACCAUUUUAACAGUGAACUAUUUGUUUCAUUAUUACUAUGUCUUCUAAAAAAAUUAUCUAUUUUAUAAUUUUGGCUCUGACUUUAGUUAAUUAUUUUCUUGUAUUGGUUUUAGAAUUCAUUUACUGAAGUUUUUCUUAGAACUUGGGAUGCAUCAUGAGGUUUUUAAAUUGAAAUAUCUUAGAUUUUUAAAUGGAGGUAGCCCUUAGUAUAAACUGCCCUCAUACAACUGAUUUUGGUGGAUUAGUGGAGGGAUAUCUGAAGGGCUAGAAAAUGUACUGGGCAGUAAAAUUUGUCUAAAUAUGUUAUAUGCAUUUCUGUAUAAGUUAUAAUGAACCCACUAUCAUAUAUAUGUAUAUAUUAUAUCAAUAAAAGAAAAAAACAAACAACAGAAAAGAUCUGCUUUUAUUUUAACCCAUAAAUGUAUAGAUGUUGUGUUUUGAUUCUCAUGUGGUUCUCAGGUUUAUUUAAAACUUCCCUCCACUAAUUUCAUGAGUGACCCAACUGUAUUAUUCAUUCUCAGGUUUAUUUAAAACUUCCCUCCACUAAUUUCAUGAGUGACCCAACUGUAUUAUUCAUUCUUCAAGUGUCCAUGCAAUUUCUAUAGUUUUACUCACUGUUUGCUUCUUUUUAUUAAUUAGAUCAUCAUUUCACAUAUAAUAUUGAGGUUCAUUUUUAAAUAAUCAUGCAAGCAUGGUAUACAAUUUUCCAAUUUGAUCCCCAGUACUCUCCCUUCCCUACCUCUGUUAUCUCUCUUCUGCUCCACUGUUCUUUCUUGUAUUUAUUUGUAGUUGUUUUAAUUAGUGCAUCAUUGAUAUACAUAAAGGUCAAAUUCAGUGUGAUAUGUUCCUAAGUGUACAAAGGAAAAUUUGUUCAGAUUCAUUUCACCACACUUCCUCUAGCAGUCCCUCCAUCCCUCCUAAUCUCCUUCCUCGACUCCACUGACCUCUCUUCUUUUAGGGAACCCCCCAUUUUCCCUUGAUUUUUAUCUACCUUCUUAAUAUAAGGGAAAAUAUUCAGCCUUUGACUUUUUGAGUCUGAGCAGGAUAUUUACUUUCACUUAGUGGGACAUUUUCCAGUUCCAUUCAUUUACUAACAAAUGCCAUUAUUUCUUUCAAUUGAUGACUUACUGAG